CUUGAAUGAAACUGUGUUGAAAUUUAUUAGCUAAUAGGUUCACUACUAGUACAUAAGAACAAUUUUUCUGAUCAUAUCAAAAAUAUAGCACAUAACAAGACUUGUUAAGGAUGUUGCUUCAAAUUCCUUAGAACAUUGCAUUUGAUGCUGGAUUUAUAGGUUUGAUAUCUGAAGAAUCAACUUCUUACAGAUAAACCAUAGUGAUGAUUGAUAAAUGAUAAUCCCCUCUGUGUAAUAUAUCUCUAUUGGGCUCAUACAAUGAUGUAUGUUACUUGGAUUAGCCUUUUGCAGUUCAUGAGAUGUUCUUAUUGGUUACAUAUAAUAUGGAGUGGCUGUACCCACCAAAAGCAUAUUCACCUGCCAAUAGCAUAUUCAUAUGUGGCUAAAACGCAACCCCACCGAGCGAGUCACCUUCUACCGACUCACCGACUCAUUUCGCGACUCCUUCUACUCCGAUAUUCUCCCCAAACUCGAGCGAUCCCUUUCCCUCGCCCUCAUCCACUUCCUUCCACUCUCCGGUCACCUCAAGUGGAACCCACAAGAUCCUAAGCCGCACAUCGUUGUCCUACAGCAAGACACUGUGUCUCUCACCGUGGCCGAGUCCAGCGCUGAUUUCUCUUGUACCAACAAAGGGCUGCGUCCCGAAACUGAGUUACGCGCUUUGGUGCCCGAGUUACCAGUUUCCUCUGACUCCGCACCUGUCCUGUCUCUCCAGAUCACUCUCUUCCCGAACCAAGGCUUCUCCAUCGGAACCACCGUCCACCAUGCUGCCGUCAUGGACGGACAAACGGCGGCAAAGUUUCACAAAUCAUGGGCUCAUAUUAUAAUCUAUGGAACCAUAAUACCGCAAGAUUUUCAUUUACCUACGCUUUUAGAUCGUUCGAUCAUCAACGUUCCAGCUGGACUUGAACCAAAGAUCCUCGAACUUAUGUCGUAUCUUGAAAAAGGUAGCGCAAGAAGCAUAAAACUGCCUUCCUUCAAAGAGCUCAACGACGUUGUCCGGAUCACGCUAGAACUGAGUCAAGAGAACGUUGAUAAACUUAAGGAGAGAGCCAAGAACGAGUCAACGUACUCUGAUCUUCACUUGUCAACGUUCGUAGUCACGUUCGCAUAUGUAUGGACCUGCAUGGUGAAGACGCGUAGAGGCGAACCAGAUCGACCGGUUCGGUUUAGGUACGUUGCUGAUUUCAGAAACCGGUUGGAUCCGCCGGUUCCUGAGACCUACCUUGGAAACUGUGUCGUAUCCAUCGUUUUAGAUGAAUACAAGGCGAAGAUGUUUUUGGGAGAAGAUGGUUUCGUUAAUGGCGUCAAGAUUCUAAGCGAUUCGGUCAAAGGUUGCGGUUCAAGAGGGGUUGAGUCAAUAUGGGAGCAGUACGAGGAAGGAAAAAAGAACUUCAAGAUGGGUACACAGGUGUUAUCUGUUAGCGGGUCUAACCAGUUUUGGAUAUACGGGUCAGAUUUCGGGUGGGGAAGACCCGUUAAUACGGAGAUUAUGUCCAUUUAUGGGAACAAUCAGAUUUCUAUGUCGGCAAGGAGGGAUGGAACUGGUGGCGUGGAGAUUGGCGUCUCUUUGAAGAAACGUGAGAUGGAUGUUGCUUCUUUUUUCACAAAUGGACUAGACAACUGA